CCGAAGAUUGCCACAUUUGCAAUCAUAUUUUGGUUGGAAGAAGAGCCCUUAUUUCCUUAUUUUUCAAGAUUGUAUUUUGAAGAAGACCCUCGUGCCAGUACGGAUUCCAUUUCAAGAUGCCACCUAUAUCUGGGGAUCCAGCUGCCCUGAUUCAGCAAGAGACAGCUGUCAAUCAUGUUGUUGUCUUCACGUUAUCUGACUGUGCUUUUAGCAAAAAGGUGAAAGCUCUACUUGAAUCGUUGAAUGUCAACUUCAGAGCUGUUGAUCUUGAUGCUUCUGUGAAUGGAGAAGGUAUGCAGACAGCUCUCUCUACCUUAACGAAACAAGAGACAGCUCCAUACGUCUUCAUUGGUGGGAAGUUCAUUGGUGAUGCCAAUAGUUUGCUGCAGCUCAACGCCGACAACAAACUCAUCGGAUUAAUCGAGCAAAACCACGCGGACAGUGCAAAGUAUGAUUACGACUUGAUUGUGAUUGGUGGAGGAUCAGGUGGCUUGGCCGCCUCGAAGGAAGCUGCGGACCUUGGAGCCAAGGUGGCGCUACUGGACUAUGUUGUACCUUCUCCGCUCGGCACAACAUGGGGACUUGGUGGAACGUGCGUGAAUGUUGGAUGUAUUCCAAAGAAGCUGAUGCACACUGCUGCUAUAAUGGGGCACAAUUUGGAGGACGCGAAACAUUUUGGCUGGGAAUAUUCAGAACAUGUGAAACACAACUGGGAAACCAUGAAAGAUAACAUUCAGUCGUACAUCAAGUCCUUGAACUGGGGUUACAGGGUUCAGUUACGGAGUCGGAAAGUCACAUACCUUAACGCGCUUGGAGAAAUGAUUGGACCACAUACAGUAAAGACGACGAAUAAGAAGGGUGUGACUACUGAAGUAUCCAGCCGGUUCAUUCUUAUCGCGACUGGCAUGCGGCCGCGGUAUCCAGAUAUUCCAGGGGCAAAGGAGUACGGUGUAACAAGUGAUGAUCUCUUCUCACUUGACUACUGCCCCGGCAAGACGUUGGUCAUCGGAGCGUCAUACGUAGCUCUCGAAUGUGCCGGUUUCUUGGCCGGGAUUGGACUCGAUGUGACGGUGAUGGUUCGGUCGAUCCUUCUCCGAGGAUUUGAUCAACAGAUGGCAGGGACGAUCGGAGACUAUAUGAAAAACCAUAACGUGAAGUUCAUCCGUCCUUGUGUACCGACGAUGAUUGAGCAGCUUGAACCAGGAAAACCCGGGCGAUUGCGGGUGACGUCCAAAAUGCAGGAUAGCGGGGACGCAGUCGUCGGUGAAUAUAACACAGUUUUAUUUGGUAUUGGACGUGAUGCAUGUACCGCGGGUAUCGGGCUGGAGGGCGUGGGGGUUCAGUUGAACCCAAAAAAUGGAAAAGUGAUAGCUAAAAAUGAGCAGUCCAGUAUUCCUCACAUCUAUGCAAUCGGUGAUAUUCUGGAUGGGAAAUUGGAGCUGACGCCUGUAGCCAUCCAAGCGGGGCGUCUGCUCGCAAAAAGACUGUUUGGCGGCCAGACCGCUCAGUGCGAUUACCGUAAUGUGCCAACAACCGUGUUCACUCCGCUGGAGUACGGCUGUGUUGGUUACAGUGAGGAGGAGGCAGUGGCCGAGUUUGGGGCUGAGAAUCUUGAGGUUUACCAUGGGAACUUGUGGCCCCUUGAGUGGACGGUUGCACACCGAGAAGAAAGCGUCUGCUACGUCAAAUUAAUCUGCGUGAUAUCUGAGCAGGAGAGAGUGAUAGGACUCCACGUAGCAGGACCAAAUGCGGGUGAGAUCACCCAGGGUUACGCACUCGGUAUCAAGAUGGGAGCGACGAAGGCUGACUUCGAUAACCUCAUCGGAAUACAUCCCACUGUUGCCGAGGUCUUUACAACCAUGACCGUGACAAAACGGUCGGGCGCAGACUUCAAGCAGGCUGGUUGCUGAGGUUAAUCACCUACUGUUGCCAAAUAAGGUCUGCUUGUUGAGCCUGCUUGAAAUUGCGCUAGGGUAAAUUGAGAGAUGUUAUUUUGUCUAACAUUAAAGGUGCACUGUGUUCAAUUUGACUCCUCAAGAGCACUCCAGUGCACUAUAACCGGCAGCAAACAUGAUUACAGACUCACGAGACUGAAUACAGUGCGCCUCUAAAGCCUAAAACAUUACGUCGUUUCACUUUCUUACCAGCGUACUUAUACUAUUUGUAUAACUGUGAUAUUCGAGCUUGGUUCCUCGCAGACUUUUGCAACAGUAGGUAAUUAAAAACAUAUGGUGUGAAUAUGGUACACUAAGUCCUUGGAUGGCACAAAUCUGCCUGCCUAGCUCCUCCCUAUGGUCUACCUUCAAUAUCCACAUGCCACCAGACUUCAAUAAAUUUCAAUUCAUCUUCAGACUGGAACCAUAUUUUCAUGCGCAUGAAAGGUUUUCUCUUUGUGCCAUAUUCACACCAUGACAGGAGAGCGUCGGCCCAUUAGGUAUGUGUAUCUACCCGUAUGACGGUCUAUCUCAGAAACUCAUUAGAGUGGGGUAGGCCUGAUGGUGCUGGGCCGGGGCUCUCACUCUUUCAUUUCAAUACAGGACAUGAUACACAAUAUCAGGUCCUAUUCUUUGUGGCGAUUUAUAUCCUUGGAAAAAUCAUUCGAAGCGUUUCCGUGACUGGGUAGAUUUCGUUAGUCUGAUCAUUUUUUACACCAUUUAUUUCGUAAUUGGGGCCCAAGUCAAGAAAAGUGCAAAAAUAUAAUGCGUGAAAAUGUCUCAGGUUUAUAGUAGAAAUCAGGUCAUUGGUCAAUCUGUUACUUCAUGGCAAAACAGUGGUAAUUCUUUCAAGAUUUUAACCCAUGGCCUCCUGAUUAUGAGCUCAGCUCUCAAACUACUAUGCCACAGGUCGCCCCAAUGCAUGCUAGAUUUUGUCGUGUUUCUAAUGUCAUGUAUUGACCUGUAUAAAUUGUUACUAGACGUCGGUGGUGGUCGCUUCGUAUCACCUGACAUGUUCAGCCAUCUAAUUAUGUUGCUCAGUUAGAAAUCUGUAGAUUAUCCCACCUUGUAAAGUAAAACCACCUGAAAUCUCUAUCGAAAUGCUGUAAAGUCAGUCAGGUGCUGUUGCAGCUUCGAGGUGGCAGUUCUACAUUUCUGUUUUACAAGUUUCACUUAUGAAGUUAUUAAUUUGCUGUACAGAUUAUGAGUUACAGUUCCAGUGUAAUAAUCCAGUGUUCUUACUUCAUCAUGGUAUCAAACACAUGUUUAUGAUUCAUAUCAUAGUGUUAUCAAACUUUUGCGUAUAAACAUGUGCAUGUACUGGUUUUGCUGACGCAAUGAGACGGGUACACUCACUUCCUUGAUUCAUACUACACCAGGGCUUUGACCUCAUUCUUUAGGGUGACAGGUGUUACAGAAUAUCUCUGUUCCUUGAUGGUUCCAAAUCUCUGGUCUACGAGACCUGUGCCCUUAAACCAGUCUGGAUUGACCGUGGUGAGGCAUUGGGAUGCACCUUUAACAUCCAGGUCUUCGCUGAGGGCUUAAAGUGCAUCUGAAAUACAUGGACUUCAAUAUAACCUUGUGAGAAGGGACUCUACCAAGCAACAGAGACACGCUGUCCUCCUGUGAAGUGGUCAAAGCCUGUAUUUCAAUGUGCUAGUCUGUCAAUGAUGCAAUUAUUGCACUAAAGGACAACUUGUUAAAUGUGCUCUUUUCAGCAUGCCAAUUUAUGAGUGUCGUGCGUCGAGGAUUUUGCCAAAAGUAGGAGACUAUAGGAUUGACGCACGAAGCUGAUAAAUGGGCAUGCUCUACAGCGUCAGUGUAAUAUUCCAGUAUUCUGACUUCAUCAUUGCAUCAAUCAAAUGUCUAUAAUUCAUAUGAUACAUGUAGUGUUUUCAAACUUUUGCGGAAAUGUGACAAAUAAAUAUGAUCGCGUAGAAACAA